AUGUACGUGAAGAGCGUCAGGCAAGAGGGCCUGGGGGAGUGCGCGAGCAAAACCAAGACCGCGCCCGGCAUCACGUGGAAGCAAAUGUGCCUCAACUUGACGCUCAACUUUGGAGAGUCGAAGAUACUGGACAAGGAGCUGCGGCAGACGCUCAUCCAGUGGGUCGGUGCCCGCGAGGCGCGUUGGGUCCUCCACUACAGGGGGUCGCGUGACGGCUUCUCGCUGGACGCCUUCCAUCGAUUCAACGAUUGCGUGGGUCCCACCGUCUGCGUUGCGCACUCGCCGAAAGACUGUAUAUUCGGGGGCUACAACGCCGUGUCGUGGAUCACGCUCCGCCAGGACAGCGACGAGAGCGCCAACCUGGCCCUCAGGUCGCACGCCAUCGGGGUCAGCGACGACGACGACGCCGAGAGCGAAGACGAACAAAUCGAGGAAAGCCUCGAGGAGGAAAACCUGGAGGAGGAAAAGGAACCAGCAACCGACGACGAACUGGCCGACGCCACGCACGACGUCGCGGUCGACACCACCACCGACCACGCCCACCUCGAGUCCGCCGCCGCCGACGACGACGACGAGGCGGCAGCGGCGACGAGCAGGAAGAAGCGGCGCACUAAGAAGAGGGCCAACACGGGUGAUGGUGAUGUUGAUGUGGACCACGACAAAUCGGAGGAGAAGCAGGCGCAGCGCAAGGCCGCGCUGGAGGCCAAGCGGGCCAAGCGGGCGCGGAAGGCUCGCGACGCGCGGUUGGCCGCGGAGAAGGGCCUGCCGACCGAGCCGUUCAUCUUCUCGCUGAAGAACCUGUGGGACAAACCGCCGACCCAGAUCUUCACCCGACAGCGGGGCGACAAGAACGGCGUCCUCGUACACGAGUACUACGGUCCGCUGUGGGGGUCGGGAUUCGAUCUGGGCAUCCUCGGACACCCGCACGAGACUCCGCCUUCGGCUUGGUGCAGGAUCGGCACCACCUACGCGUCACCGUACCUCGCGACUGAGACUGGCGGCUCGGCCCACUACUUCAUCGGUGGCGACCCGCGGGACUUUGAGAUCUGCGAGCUGGAGGUGUUCGUGUUGAAAGAGGAGAAGGAAGAAUGGGCCAACCGGCUUCGGUCGCAGGAGAACGCCGGCCGCACGGCCAACGCGGACUCUCUCCGACCCCGCGCGUGA